AGUGAAAUGAAUUUGCUAAAUUAUGCAGUGUUAUCGGUGAAUAUAACUAUAAAGGAAAGCAAAAAGUGCAAAAAGUUUUGAUAGUUUCUGUUCUAUAUUUGACGUUAUACGUGUGCAAUAAGUUCGUCAAUAUUGAGUGUGAAAAUUUUUUUUGCUAAAACAUGAAGUAUUUGGAAGUAGUUUUGUUUGCUGUCAUCGUUAAUGGCUAUGCUUUUACGGCAACAGCAGAAAAAACUUCAUUUAAUAAUAUAACAUUUGAUCAACUUGAGCAGCUUUGUAGUGAGCAGCAUCACGACAUUUAUGAAAAUGAAACUCGCAAACUUGUCGAUACACUUUUAAGUAGCACGACUAAUAAUUGUUCAGAUUCAAUUCCUCAAAUUAAAGAAAUAGUUUCCAGAAUAAUUCCUUGUUUCAACGAUGAAAAUAUGCCAAAUGAAUCUGAUUUGAAUACAAUUUAUGAAGACAUUACGAAAAAAUUAUGUAUUCACUACCAACUUGUGAAUUUUAAAAAAGACAACAACUGCUUCGAUAAAGAAAAAAUUAAUAAUUGUUUACAGAAAAAUUUAGAACUGAAUCAGCCUCAAUCUGAUGAUGUUUUCUAUUCACUAGCAAUGCUUCAUACAAAAGCAGAUUGCAGCAAUCUGGAAAAAAUGAUGUUUUGUCUGACAGGGGGAGACAAUUUAAAUAAAUGCACUCCUGAAUUUAAAAAUCAACGUGAGGAUUUACUUAAAAAGUAUUCGUCCAUUUUGAGAUGUAUCUAAAAAAAAUUCCACUUGAAUUUAUGGAAAAUUGUAUUUUACCCUUCUUUUAAAAUAUAAAUAAAAAAAAUUGUACUUGGGUAUAAA